CAUUUUUGUAAACGUCAAAAUUCUUUAACACAAAAAUGUCAACUGUGCAACUCGAAAGUUGAAAAUUAAGUUUGUUUGAAUUUAUAUUGAAUAUAAAUAGUGCUAUAGUAUUUUAUUUUAUCAAAUGGUGUAUUGAUUAGGUUAUAUCAACAAAAUGUCACUAAAUAUUACUUCAUCUCGUAUAAGAAACAGUGUUUUGGAUAAGUCUCUGAGUAGAGGAAGAGGUGAAGUUUCGUUAAGCUGUUUUGCUUUACUUUUCUCAGAAGUCGUUCAAUAUAGUCAAAAUAGAGUUUAUACUGUGCCAGAACUUCAAACCAAGCUAUCAGAGUUGGGGAUGGAUGUUGGAAGUCGCCUUAUAGAUUUAUAUUUUGUUCGAGAAAGAAAUUGUAAAAGAGAAAUUAAACUACUAAAUAUGCUAUUAUUUGUAAAAUCCACCCUUUGGAAGAAUUUAUUUGGUAAAGAAGCAGAUAAAUUGGAACAUGCCAAUGAUGAUGAGCGUACGUAUUAUAUAAUUGAACGAGAGGCUUUAGUUAAUAAGUUCAUAAGCAUUCCAAAAGAUAAAGGAUCCUUGAAUUGUGCUGUUUUUACAGCUGGAAUUGUAGAAGCAGUUUUAACCGAAAGUGGAUUUCCCGCAAAAGUCUCAGCUCACUGGCACAAUGGAACAACAUACAUGGUGAAAUUUGAUGAAUCAGUGAUAGCACGAGAUAAACAAUUGGAAGACAGAUAAACCUAACUAUUUUUCUUAUAAUUAUAAAAAAUAAACCAGCAA